AUGGCAUGGUUAUACAACGAAACGUCUCCUCUCGGGUGGUGGACGUUGAAGCCAAGACCAAAGGAGGAGAGAGAGUUGGCUCAUUUGUAUGAGCGUCGUGAGUUUCCUUAUCCAGGUGAUAAAGAGGCCAUGGAGGAUUUCGUUGCAAAGGGAGGAAUGAUCGGUACAGCGAUUGGGCCUAAAGGAGUUGUUGAAUCCGAAGGUGAAGCUGAUAAUUACCAGAAAGAAAUGGAGAAGAAGAAGUUUGAUAAAGAGGCUCAGAAACUGUGGUUGAGGAUGAGGAAUGAGGUCAUGACUGAGCUUCAAGAGAAAGGGUAUGAUCUUGAGUAA